AUGGGUCCAAGAACCGCGCGCGUCAAAAAGCGCCAUGGUUGCAUGACCUGCAAAGCUCGCCAUGUCCGCUGCGACGAACAGAAACCCGCUUGUGGACAGUGCACUCGGACAGGCCGCAAGUGCGAUGGAUAUAAUGUCAAUGUCUCACAAAGACAACUGCGCCAGAACGUCCUAGACGCUUACCAGCGCCAGCGCAGCACUUGCAACUCUGACAGUCGAAUGAUUCUCCCCCUAGGCAGUGCCAAGGAGCGCGAGUAUAUUUCCCUAUUCUCCACUCGGACAUCGCGCGCCAUGAUGGGGUUCUUCUCCUCCAAAUUUUGGGAUUACUUGCUUCCACAACUCAGCCACUAUGAACCAGUCGUCCGACACGCUGUCGCAGCCGUCGGUGCCGCCCACCAGCAAUUCCGCGGACUUGUGCCCCCUGGCUACACGGAGAGAUUCGUAUUGCAGCAAUACAACAAGUCUAUUCGGCUUCUGCUGGAGGAUUUGUCCGCACCCAGGAGUACAAAUCUAGACCUCACGUUAAUUACUUGCGGUCUAUUCGUGUGUCUAGAGCUACUCAGGGGUGACUACAACAGGGCGCUCGACCAUAUAGAGGCGGGGCUGAACAUUCUUGCACGGCCGGAGCCAGUAACAACGUCACACUCAGGCGACUCACAGAUUGUAUACAACGAGCUGCUAGAGAUGUUUUCCCGGUUGAACAUUGAGCUGGGUUCGUUUUCCCGGGCCUAUAAAGUGCUCCCAUCAUUCUCCGACCCGAACACCAUCAAGAUACCUACCAAAUUCAUAGAUAUCAGGGACGCCCGCCGGAGCUUGACCGCCGUGAUGAAUUAUUGUUUGACGCUCUAUUUCCAGUCGGGUCCUCUAAGAUCUUUUGCCCAGGGUGGUUCGCCUCAGGACCCCGCGUGGCAGAAGAUUCUUUCGCAAGUACCGAUGCUUGAACAGACGUACGACGAGUGGCUUGCUUCUUUCGAGAGGCUAGUGCAGACCCCAGAAUGCGCGUCAAUGUGCGAACCCGCCAUCCUCUCCCUUCGAAUCGACCAUCUUCUUGCUGUCACAUGGACUUUUGGCAAUAUACGGUGGAAAGAGGUUGAUUUUGAUAAAUGGACUGGUCACUUUGAGGAUAUAGUGACCUUAGCAGAGAAGCUACUCCUUCUAGACGCAAGCACGGAGCCAUAUUUCAGCUUGGAUAAUUGUGCUAUCCGUGCACUGCAAUGGAGUGCUACCUCGUGCCGUCACCCCCUAGUGCGGCGGAAGGCUAUCCAGCUUUUAUCGGCCUAUCCGCGCCAGGAAAGUCUCUGGAUUGCGCGGCGGUCAGCCAAGAUCGCCGAGGCGACGAUGAACCUAGAAGAAGCCGAUCUAUCAUCCUUGCCAGUGGAGCAGAGGAUACCCGCAGACGAGAAUCGGCUUGUCCUAUACAACUUUGUGGACUUUGCAGCGACCAAAAAGACGCAUUUGUAUGUGACCACUGAUAUGCAGGUGCGGUCGGUCUUGUAUAUCGAUUGGUCUUAG